AUGAAGAAGACGAGGAAGAGGCCGGAUCAAGGGCGAUCGGGCACAGCAACCUCAAGCGAAAAAGACAGAAACACCCCCAACCUGGAGGAGGCGCCGGUCCGGCGGUACCUACGGCUAGGCACGCAGGCCACCCGGACAACCAGGGCGGCUCCGCGGGCGGUGUUCACCCCGAGGCGACGAGACACCGGGGCGGUGGAGACGCUGCUGGCGCACUCUCGCUCCCAGACGCGACCGCCGCCCCUUCGGGGCUCGGCGACAACAUGGGUCGUCCCGUGCGCGAGGUGGACGGCAGAGACAUCCAGGCGACAGAAACACCCCCAACCUGGAGGAGGCGCCGGUCCGGCGGUACCUACGGCUAGGCACGCAGGCCACCCGGACAACCAGGGCGGCUCCGCGGGCGGUGUUCACCCCGAGGCGACGAGACACCGGGGCGGUGGAGACGCUGCUGGCGCACUCUCGCUCCCAGACGCGACCGCCGCCCCUUCGGGGCUCGGCGACAACAUGGGUCGUCCCGUGCGUGAGGUGGACGGCAGAGACAUCCAGGCGAUCGCCGGCGCCCCUUCCCGAGCCGGCAACUCGGGCCCGCUGAGGAACGCCCGCCUACUACCCCCUUCGCCGGCACCAUCACCGCCUCCCCCGGCACCGGCAGCCCUUCCCCCGGCACCGGCCGGCGAGCCCAACAUUUUGCAGCCCCCGGACCCAGCCCCGCAGCGGCAGGCGCCCUUCCCUCCUCCUGCCGUGCCGGAGGCCCGCUACUCUCUUUCCUCGGACGAUCUACUAGGCGCGGUGGACGACGACGACGAACCCCAUGCCCAGGCCGUGCCUUGGGCGGGUGUUAUCGGUGCCCCACUCAUGCCUGCGGGCCCUGCACCGUCACGGUUCGACUUGUCGGAGGUUGGACCCCUGAAUUUUGCAGAAUCACCGGUUGAAAGCUAUGGAGGUCACCAAGAAGGCGGGAAUGGAGGUGAAGAAGGAGUACCGGCUGAAGCCGCCGAGGGCGACAGUCAUGAGCAACAAGGCGGGAAUGACGGAGAGGCGGCGGCACCGGAUGCCGCGCCCGUACCCCCUGUAGAGCCUGCACGCCGUAUCGGUUCUAGGAUGAGGCGGCCAAGCCGAAGGCUGGUAGAAUCUCUCGCCCAAGCUUGA